CUCACAAACUAAUUACACUCUCCUUCCUCUGUUUUCUUUCUCAUACAAUGCAAACCAACACUCUCGCCAUCACAGUACUCUCCGCUUAUUUUCUCUUGUUGCUGUGUGCACCAAGCGCCGCCGCGGCCAGGGCGGCGCGAGACCCGCUCCGGUCAUGGUGCGCGCAGGCCAGGUACCCCAGCCUCUGCGUGGAAACCCUCUCGAACUUCUCCAACAGCUCGGCGAAGCCCUUGGAGCUGGCACAAGCCGGCGUGAAGGUGACCCUGGGGCGCACGCGCAGCCUCUCCCUCUACCUCAGGACGCUCAAGUCACGCACCUUCGGGAAGAGGCAGCGAGUUGCGCUCAGCGACUGCGUCAACCAGGUCUCUGACUCGGUCACUCAGCUGAGCAGGACGUUGAACGAGUUGCAGCACCUCCACGCCCCGACCUUCCAGUGGCAGAUGAGCAACGCCCAGACGUGGACCAGCGCCGCCCUCACCAACGGCGACGCUUGCCUCGACGGCUUCAGCUCCGCCCCCGAGAGCCUCAAGAUGGAGUUCAAGCGUAGGCUCACCGACGUGGCCAUGCUCACCAGUAACGCGCUGUAUCUCAUCACUCGCCUCGGUCAUACCACCAAUUCCCGAAACUGAUCCUCUCCGUCCAUCUCGAUCAACCCCCUUUUUUUUUCACCUUUUAUAAAUAGGGACGACGAAGUGUUUGCAGUGUAAGCUUUGGGUUUUGGUUUUUGCUACGACGGUGACGUGUAAUUAAAUCAACGUUUACGUACUAGUAUUUCUAAUAUGUCAUGGCUUACCUCUGUUUUUGCUUAAUCUGAAUGUGUAAUGGUGUCUCAGAAAAGUUAAUAAAACCUAACUUUAGUUAUUUUGUACUA